UGAAGCAGAACCCACACUACAAUCAGAGACAAGCACUGAAUUGUCCAUCAAGACCUUUUUCACAUCUAGUGAUCAUGCGGAGUACAUUUUUGCUGUGGGUGGGGCUUGUGCACCUCUCUAUUGCACAAACCACCUCCUUCACCUGGCUUAACUACCUGCGCAGUCGAGCCUAUAGCUACCGCUACAGCCCAAACCAUGGCAACUACGACACUUCCCUGCACACACAGCAUGACUCUGAAGCACUAGACUGCCCCCUGGAGUGUGAAUGCCCUCCUGCCUACCCUAAUGCCAUGUACUGCCACAACCGCAACCUUCAGCAUGUGCCCUUUGUGCCCUCACGCAUGAAGUAUCUAUACCUCCAAAACAACCGGAUCACUGGAAUCACCAAUGGGGUUUUUGACAAUGCCACUGAGCUCGUCUGGAUCAUCCUGCAUAUGAACCAGCUGAGAUCUGACAAAAUCAGCAGCAAGGUCUUUGCCAAGCUAUCCAAACUGGAACGUCUGUUCUUGCAGCACAACAAACUUGAACACAUUCCAGAAGAACUUCCUCGUUCCCUUCAGGACCUGCGCUUGGACCACAACGCCAUCAGUUCCGUGCCUCCUGGGUCCUUGCACGGUAUGAACAGUCUAACAGCUUUGCAUCUCCAUUUCAACACCAUUCAGGAUCUCAAUGGUGCUGUCGAGCCACUGGCCUCACUCAGCUUUCUGGAUUUGUGUGGGAAUCAGUUAGCAAAGGUUCCUGAGCACCUUCCGCCCAAGCUGAGCCAGCUGUACCUCGAUCACAACCACAUCUCUUCUGUCCCCGUGGAUUUUGUGAAGCAGCAGCCUGAGCUGCGCUUUAUCCGCCUCUCGCACAAUCGGCUCACGGACGCUGGAAUCCCACCAGACACUUUUAACGUGAGCACGCUCAUGGAACUGGACCUGUCCCACAACAAGCUGGAAAAGAUCCCAGCCAUCAGCACAAGCCUGCAGAUCCUCUACCUUCAAGCCAAUCGCAUCAAAGAGUUCUCCAUCAGCAGUUUCUGUCCAGUUAUAAGUGUGGCCAACUACUCCAACCUACGUGUUCUGCGGUUGGAAGCAAACAAGAUCAGCCCUCAUGAUGUGGCCCCUGAGGCCCUGCUGUGCCUGCGCAAAGCCACAAGCAUCAACCUAUAGGCAUCAAAUUAGACACCAUGCUGACACGAGUUUAGUCAGCAUCUUUCAGGAGUUAUGGACACCAUUAGUGGUCAUGCUACUGGCAUAAAAACAACUCCUUUAAAAUAAUGCAUGAAUAUAACCUUUACACAUGUAAUAUUCUAAACACUUGUUCUCAUGGGAUUUUACUAGAACAGUCAUACUGUAGCUGAAACUAACUUUAAUCUUGACUGGGAAGUCGUGUGAAAGCCCAUACAGAGUGGUCAACUUUGACAUACUUUGUUUCUUUUCUUGCUCAACACAUUUCUGUGUUCAAGGAAGUGAGACCUGUCACACUUUGGUGAUCAUGGGAUGAUGAAACGUAAUGGCGGUUUUACAAAAAGCACCGAUGAAUUGUAAAGCUUGAA